AUGACCGCGCUGGAGCGCCUGCGGGCUGCUUGGGAGCAGCCGAAGUGGCUCCAGGCUUUUGAGUGGUGUUACCCGGUCAAGACCUGCGGCUUGAAAUAUCGCUCAAUUCCGGGCAGCAAAAUUAGCGGAACCGACCGCGAUUGCUCCUUCGCAACACCAGAACCUCCGAAUCGACCCCCACUCCCCGCUCAACGCCCCCGUGCAAUUGUUCCUCAGCAACCCCGAGCUAUCAUACCUGCACGCCCCCAGGUUCUUCCCCAGCUUGAAAUCCGUGAUAUUGAAUAUAAACCCAAUGCGACAACGACAGACACGCAAGACGCUGAUAUCAAGAUUCCGCGGACGUGUCCAUUCUACCUGAGGGGUCAUUGCAAGAAGGGCGCGGCCUGUUCCAUGUCACACAGCCCUGUCGAAAAACCUCAAACGGGCCGCAUUGCACCUCGUGGGCCGCAGCAGCUUCAAACAUGUAGAUUCUUCCUCCAAGGCCAUUGCAACCGAGGUGUCAAAUGCAAGUUCUCGCACGUUGUUGAUCAUCCAUUGAAUCCUAAGUCAUUGCACGACGACACCGCCGUGACUUUACAACAAGUCAUGCUCGGCUCGACCAUGGUCAUCUUCGGUGCUGGCAUAGGCGUGCAACGUAUCAUCACAGGCUUUGACUCAUUCAGCGUCGUAGUCAGUGGUCUGCCGGCCGACACGACGCGUGGCGAUGUGCAAGAGAUGUUCACUCGUGCAGGACUUGAAGCCUGCCGCUUCCGUGUGCUUGGCCUUCGGCCCACUCCGGGAGGUGAUGACAAUCAAGAAGCGAAUGUAAUCUUUGAUGUGGCGGAGGAGCGUGUGCGCGCCGUGGCUACGCUAGGCGCCGGCGAGGCUCUUGUGCGGGAUCAGAUGGUUAAGCUGACUGCUGUCGUGCGGCAGAAUGGCGCGAUGGGCGGCAUGGAUGCGUCGCCGGAGAGCGAUCCUAACGUACUGAGGCUUUCGUGGCUCGCACCGUCAGUAAGUGUCGUCGUAUCCUAUGCUACAUUACAAGAAGCACAAGACCACGUGCGCACGCUGGACGGGCGGAUGUGCAAUGGACGACAGGUCAAAGCUUUCAUGAAUCGGCCACCACCAAAUGCUAGAUGGAUGGCCAGCUCGCAUGACAAUAAUUCCAUCAUUAUUCAUGGACUCCCGCCUUCGGCUGAUUCUCCUGCGGGACACGCUGCAGUGCGCACAUUCACAGGCUCAACUGCGCUGCGUUUUCUCAAGCCCAAGGACUACGACCUUGACUCCGCCCUCCUUCUCUUGCGCCUCCGACUAGAAGCAUUAGGUGCUCCAGGUGUACUACAGGAGCUCAAGGUGGUCUCUCGUAACGCGUCUAAUGGGAUCGUCGUUGUGCAGGUGCCCUUUGCUACACGAGCGGACGCGAAGAAAGCCUAUAGCGCACUUUCAUCGUUUCUGCAAUCAUCUUUAUUUCCCAAACCCCGCCUACUGCUCCCAGAUGUUAUCAGAUACACGCUCAGACUGCCGGCCCAGCAACAUGAGGCCCAGCUCCUGGCAUGGAACGCACUCACAGCUGACACACAGAACAAGGCCGCAGCAUCCGUGCGCAUAGAUCUUAGGGCUAAGGGCAAAGCUAAGGACGCGAUUGUGCUCGUUCACGUCGGAGGUGAGGACAAACGCGCAGUCGGCGCACUCAAAGUCCGCGUGGAAACGCUCGCAGCGGGCGUGCCGCUCGCCCGGUGGCACCCUGCGUUCGCCACCUCGGAUGGUCGUCGCUUCUUCGCCGAUGUCCUCACGCAUGGACAUGUUUUUGUGCGCUGUGAUACGCGUCUCAAGACUCUUCGUCUUUGCGGCGAGGCUGCUGUUAUAGAGCGUGCGCGCGAAGCUAUCAUUCGGGAGGCGGACCGGCUUGAGGCGCUCGAGGUGAAGAUUGUGCUGCAGAGACAGUCCGUCGGGUUUUUUGUGCGGGAAGGAAUGAAUGCGUUGACUGAUGCGCUUGGCGAGGCCGCAGUAACGCUGGAUAUCUUCUCUAACCCACCCACCAUGGUCUAUCGCGGUGGAGAUGACGCGCGUCAACUGCUCGACCGCCUGAUCGCGGAAUCGCUUACACACAAACCUUAG